AUAAAUUUUAUAAAAAUGGAUUUACAAUGAUUUGUAAAGCAAUUUCUUUGAAUUUUUUCAGGGGCUUUUCCACACUCACCACACCUCAUGUUACUCGCAGGAGGCCUGUUUGGAAAAUUAAGCAAACUUACUACCACAGGCUUUGGAACCUACUUACUUCUAAGAAAUGGGACGAGUUUCACCAAACUCUUCAGCUAAUGAGAGAAAAAGGUCUCAAUAAUGAUGAGGUAACGUAUACUUUAAAGGCCCAUUACUUUAUCCUCAACCCUUACGUCGCUGUUGAAAAUUGUUAUUUGGUAAUUGAGGAGAUGAAAAGAGCCUUAAUUCACCCUGCAGUUAUUAGAAUGAAUGAGAAUUUAAUAAAUUCAUAUUUUGAACUUGAAGAAAUCGGCUGUGAACCUCCAAAAUUACUCUGGCAAAACUUCACUAAAAUGAUUUUUCAAACUUCUAUCAGGUUAAAUAGGGUUAGAAGACACAACUUGAAGCGACAGUUGCUUUUAAAGGAUCCUGAGGAUGUCAUGAAAUUAACUGACAAGGACGUUGAAAACAUGCUCAUUGAGGAACACAAUAGUAACUUAAUUACCCCUUUUAUGUCAAUUGACGAGAUCCAUGAUGACCCAAUUGAAGUUAAUCCCGAGAAAUUUAAGCCAAUUAAACCCAAGAAAUUGGACUUCAUCUCACUUUACUCAUUACAGCACUAUGAUUCUGAUGGGCAGACUGAUAUUCAGUGUUAAGGGAAACAAUGCGUAGAACAAGAAGAGCAGAUUAAUGACACCACCAUAAAUUCUUCCUCGAUCUUUUAUUUUUAAAUUGUAACUUGAAUGAUUUGGUUAAA